AGCACGCAACACACUUGCAGAAAUGCGCCGCUUCGUGUUCACGGUAGCGAUGGCUGUCAUCGUCAGCGCACAGCUGGAAGAUGGCGGGUUCAAUACGAUUUGCGGCAUCGACUUCAACACGUGGCAGCCCUACGGCCCCGACACCCCCACGGCCGCCGUGUGCGCAUUCAGCAAUGCGGCGACGCGGGAGCUGUAUACACACACACGAGCCGCUGCCCGCGUCCGUAACACUGGCAAUCGUCUCUGUGGUGCGUGGCUCUGGGGCUCGCAAGGGCACGUCAUCACGUCCUCGUCGUGUAUCGACAGCAGCAAAAACGCCACGCUGACCGUCGACUUCAACGCUGAGUCGCCCACGUGCAUCGACGACACCACGGUCGAGUGCCACGGACAGACGCGACUCCAGCACGCGCCACGUGUUUUGCAUGUCAACCCCAAGAUCGGAUAUGCCCUCUUGCAAUUGGACGCUGUCGACGCCCGCACGGUCUUGCCCUUGUACGGGUACCUCCAAGCGACUCUGAACGUCGCUGCCGGUGCGCGCAUCUACGUGGCAGGGCAAUCCAGCAACAGCUUCGUGACGCAAACCGACUUCAAAAUGCUGCCAGGGAUGUCGUCGUGCUCUUCGGCGAGCUUGCUUGCGUAUGGGACGAACCUCGACGUCCGGUCGCAUGGGUCGCCCGUGCUGCUCCAAGCGACCCACACCGUGGUCGGUGUCAACGUCUGUGACGACAACGCCAACUGUCAAAACGCUGCGGUGCCAAUGGCAACAAUUGUCCAAGAGCUGAAGCCAAGAGGCCUCGUGCCGGCCAAUGGCAUCGUGACCAAGGUACCCGUCCCCGUGGUGUCGACCUAUGAUGACCCAACCAAGACCAACAAGAACAAAUGA